CGGCCCUAAGUACACCGGUGUUCUGAAGAUGGUAUAUAAAACGGACAUGGGACUGAAGAGGCAGUUGUCACGUAGAGUCUCCGUCGUUUCUGGUACCCGCCCCUGCCGGGUGCUAGGUCGUGUUGUGGGCGUGGUCACUGUCUUGGCGAUCGGAUUUCUGUGCGGACAUUUCAUAUAUCAUUCCUUCGUUACUGCUAAACACGUGAUCACUGACCCUGAGCAGUAUGUCAAACGAGACGGGAGUAAACGAACAGUACAUAUAGAUGAUACACAUAUACUUAAAUCAACUCAUGGAGCACCGAAAGUGGCUCCCUCUAAACAAAAGAUGCCACAUACGGAGAAUGGGUUCCACUCGCCGCCGAAGGAAAGAGACGGGGUGGAAAUAAAGAAAGACAUGAGUGUUCAAUUUCGUGACUAUGUUCCAAGGAAGGUUUUUGUGAAUUGUGGUGGAACAUUUCCGGUGACUUUAGACUUGUUCCUCAAUACCUAUCCCGACGCUCACAAGUACGACCUGUACACAUUCUUACCAGACGAGUCAUACAGCUUGUUUUAUCAAACAUACAAGAGACAUACGCUUUAUACGCCGUCGAUCGUCUCUGAAGAAAACACAACCGUGGAAUCCACCAACAACGGGUUCGCGAGCAUGGUUGAACAGCGAGACAUGAUUGACACCGUCGACCUUCCAAGCUGGAUACUGACUAAUCUGCACCAAGACGACUACGUCAUACUCAAGCUUGAUAGUAAGUUCGAAAAGGUAAUUGUGAAAAAUAUCGGUUCAAAAAACGCCAUCGAGUGGAUUGACAAAUUUUACACGACUUCUGAAGAUAACGAAACCAUUGCCGCUUAUCGCGACGAACUUGGGAAAUUCAAUAAGCAGAUUUCUUUUUGGGAUAACUCAGCUCUGACAUACUCCGAUUUUGACACCGUUAACCCGCCCAGCAUCCCCAAGGGACUAGGCACCGUGUUGUCACAGUGUGUAGACCCCACAGAGUCGGAAAAGUUCGGUUUGUUUCUUUUCUCUGAACAAUUCACAAAGCAUGUCAAUCAAACUGUGAACUUGUUGAUCACGUAUGCUGGUGAACGGAAGGUAGGCGUGUCGGUAUUCCUCCCACGUGAUUUCUUUCGUUCAAUCCCGAGUCGGUCGCUGCGAGAAUUAUCCGAGAUAGUUACUCUCGGUCUCUUCAUUGGUAAGGAAAAUCAAACGGGUGAUGGAACUAACACAACUGAGGAAGAUAAUGAAUUUAAUACAUAUAGAAAUAUAUAUGUUGAAGCUGCCAGCCAAGUACAUCAUCAUACAGAAUCUACUCUCCAAUACGUCAUGGUCUCCUCGACCACAGGAGCUGAUGUGUGCCGCAGACUUAGCCAAUCUCGACAGGUGAUAGUUUUCAAUGAAACCAAGCACAUCACACACCAUUCACAAACCGUCUUACAGAGUAGCACUCUCACCAUGGAUAUGAUUGGGCGAAAUCCUGGAGAAAUUCUUGCCGUUGAUUUGAUGAAGGACAAUGCUGCUAUUAUUACACUGUACAUGACGAAACGAUUUGAACCGUGGUUGGUACCUGCUUCAAAAUGUCAACCCCUUGUCAAUAGGAAGUGAAUCUUCCCCAGGUUGAGUUUAAAAUGGUCUGGGGUGGAUGUUGCGAUAUCUGUGCUGUAGCAUUCAAGUGAGGUGGCACUAUAAAUGAUA